AUGCCUCCAAUCGAGACGCCAAAGUCGCCUGUCUCGACGAGAAGACUCCUUGGCACACCAUCACGUCCAGCUUCACAGUUCCUUUCGAAUGAUGUCGAAGUCUUCGCUCGCAAGGUUUUCGUUGGUGGACUUCCUAUUGACGUCACUGAAGGUCGUUCAGAAUGGAGCUCCUCUGUAACUAUAAGUGAAAAAAAUAUCUUUGAAGACGAAAUCUGGCAAACUUUCUCGAUUUUUGGGAAUGUGCUCGUGGACUGGCCUCGUCGUCCGGAUGAGGAUGUGAGUGGUGUAUUGCGCUCUUGGAAUUGUGCCCCUACAUUUUAG